UAUUAUUCGUCGUGGGGACAAAACUAUAUUUUCAUUUUGAUAAUUCGAUUCAAUUUGUUUCUAUUGAAAUUUGGGGAGGGGGGCAAGGCCCAUGGUGAUGGGAGAACUUCGUUUUAUUUUCAAAUACGUCAAUGAACAAACUUAGUGUACAAAUAAGAAGAAAAAAGGGGAAGAAGACACAACCCUUUGGAAUAAAGUGCGCGGUAAAGUGAUCCGAUCGGAAUAAAAUCAUUUUUUUUUUUUUUCUAUAAAAGAUUAUUAUCACAAAACUUAUUAAGAAAUGGCAUCUGCAGCAGCAGAAUUAGUGGCAGAAAGGGAACCAGAAUUAAUGCGAGAGAUGGUUGAUGGAAACCGAACUCUCGUAGGUGCCCAAGGAUUGGUAAAAUUAGCAAUUGAACAGUAUAUGGAGAUAUUAGCAAGUGCAUCGGAUCCACGUGUUGGCAAUUGGCCUCUUAUGGAAUCCCCAAUACCUACGAUCCUAAUAGUAUUAUUAUAUCUGUAUUUUGUAACAAUAGCAGGUCGUCGUAUUAUGUCCAACAAAAAACCAUAUAAUCUGAGAAAUGUUCUCAUUGCUUACAAUGCUUUUCAAGUAAUAUUCUCUCUGGGAAUGCUUUACGAGCACUUGAUGUCCGGAUGGUUACUUGACUAUAGUUACAAGUGUCAACCAGUCGAUUAUUCCCACAAUCCAUCUGCUAUAAGAAUGGCUAAUCUUUGUUGGUGGUAUUUUGUCAGCAAAUUUACCGAAUUCGCAGACACGAUUUUCUUCGUAUUACGAAAGAAAGAGAGUCAAGUUACUUUUCUACAUUUGUACCAUCAUUCAUUGACACCAUUGGAAACUUGGAUUUGCGUUAAAUUUAUCCCAGGUGGACACGGUACUUUAGGAAAUCUAAUAAACAAUGCGGUACAUGUGGUCAUGUACGCUUAUUACAUGUUAGCUGCCAUGGGACCCGAAUAUAAAAAAUAUUUAUGGUGGAAAAAACAUCUCACGACUAUCCAAUUGGUACAAUUCUUUUUAGUUUUCGUUCAUAGCGCACAAGCCUUGAUCUUCGAUUGCGGUUAUCCGAAGUUGGUAGCAAUCCUUUUAUUGCUUCACUCGACGAUCUUCUUUAUUCUUUUCUCCGAUUUUUAUCGACGUGCCUAUCGUAAAAGGAAAUUCAUCGAUAUAAAGAAAGUGGAUUAAAGAAGGAAUAGGAACAAAAAUAAACAGAAGGAAA